AUCCAAACCCACACCAUCGCCACCUCCGUGAAUCGAAAGGAAGAGUAGCCCACUCCCCAUCUCCCGGCGACUCUGUCUCUCCUUUUGAAUUGACCAAAACAAACAACUCCCCAUACAUUUUUGUAUCCAUUGUUGGUUCUUGUGAUCUGAUACAAAAAUGGGAUCUUCAGAGCUUAUUUUUAGAGGUCACGACGAGACUCAACCAACACCUGAUGCUUACUCGCCUAAACCAGCGAAGCCAUGGCUCUUCGUCAUCCGACCCGUUCGUUACCUGCUUCGCGAGAAGCGACUCGUCUUUUUCCUUGUUGGCAUGGCUAUUGCUACUGUUUUCUUCACUAUCCUCCCUUCCUCUUCCCCGCAUGCUCACAAAUAUGAUCCACUCCCAGACUCUUUCUCUCACAUCUCUCACGAGUUAACAACCCCUGUGCGUUACAAAUACUACGAGCCCCUUCAGGUGGGAUUCCAAUCAGCCAAUUCGGGCGGCAAGAUUCCGCUUGGACUCAAAAGAAAAGGGCUCCGAAUUGUCGUUACAGGUGGAGCUGGGUUUGUUGGGUCCCACUUAGUGGACCGUCUGAUCGCUAGAGGAGAUAGCGUGAUCGUGGUGGAUAAUUUUUUCACGGGAAGGAAAGAGAACGUGAUGCAUCAUUUUAAGAACCCGAGAUUUGAGUUGAUCAGACACGAUGUUGUCGAGCCACUGUUGUUAGAAGUGGACCAGAUCUACCACCUUGCUUGUCCUGCAUCGCCUGUCCACUACAAGCACAAUCCGGUCAAGACGAUAAAAACUAAUGUUGUGGGCACAUUGAAUAUGUUGGGUUUGGCUAAGAGAGUUGGUGCUCGGUUUUUGCUUACCAGUACCAGCGAGGUUUAUGGUGAUCCUCUACAGCAUCCUCAGGUCGAGACUUACUGGGGCAACGUUAAUCCCAUCGGUGUCAGGAGUUGUUACGAUGAAGGAAAGAGAACAGCAGAGACAUUGGCUAUGGACUAUCACCGUGGUGCCGGUGUUGAGGUCAGGAUUGCUAGAAUCUUCAAUACUUAUGGACCCCGGAUGUGCAUUGAUGAUGGCCGUGUUGUUAGUAAUUUUGUUGCUCAGGCACUGAGGAAGGAACCUAUGACUGUUUAUGGUGAUGGGAAACAGACUAGGAGUUUUCAAUUUGUUUCUGAUUUGGUUGAGGGCCUGAUGCGCCUUAUGGAAGGAGAACAUGUAGGGCCUUUCAAUCUUGGGAAUCCGGGUGAAUUCACCAUGCUUGAGCUUGCUCAGGUGGUCCAGGAAACCAUCGAUCCAAAUGCAAGGAUAGAGUUCAGGCCUAACACAGAAGAUGACCCACACAAGAGGAAACCUGAUAUUACCAAGGCUAAAGAUCUCCUUGGAUGGGAACCCAAGAUUCCCCUUCGUAAAGGUCUGCCAAUGAUGGUCUCAGACUUCAGGCAACGCAUCUUCGGUGACCACAGGGAAGAAGGCACGGCCACCAAUACAUCAACAUCUUAAGUUGGCAUAUAUAUAUAUAUGCUUGAGAGGCAACAGAAUGGUAAUCUUUCCAGUGGAUAACCAAAUUUAUUUUUUCCCAAUCCCAAGCAGUAUAGAUAGCGGUGGUAGCAGCAAACUGAGCAUUGUCCUAUGAGGAAUAGGUUCGGAGUUGUUCUUUUGGCCUUUGUUUGAAGUCAUCUUUGUAAUUUCAAUGUUACUAUCCCCUUUAAAGAAUGUUAGACAGUGAACACUGCAAUCGAAAUUAAAUUUUACUAGUUUUUUUUAUGCAA